UUGACAUUAAACUCCACAAUAAUACCUUGGUGGGUUAGUGAGUACAUACAAGUAUUUAUUUAUUGUUGAUUUGUUCCCGUUUGACAGCGCUCAACAGCAGUAGUUGGUCUCUCUCUUCGCUUGUUGCUGCUCAUCCUCCCUUUCUCUCGCCUGAAUACAACCGCCGACCAAAAUUGAGCUAGACUACACCGUAACCAAGGCUAUGUUAAACAACGUCCUAAAAUUAUCUGGUAAUACCCGAAAAUAAAAAAACAAAAGUAUAAAAAUAACCCUAAUAUAAAAAACGGGUUUUUACCCACUUACUCCAUCUACCUCUCAUAUACACUUCACUCCUUCACAUCAAACACCACGACACUUCAAGCAUCACUUCAAUUCUAAAUUAUCACCACCAUCACUUUAAUCCUUCUCCAUAUCAAACACCACCACCACCACUUCAAUCUUUCACCAUUUGAAGAUGAACAAAGGGAAGGCGCCUAUGGAAUUGCAGAUGUCUUACGCGGAUGCAUGCAGGAAGAAACCCGGGCCUUCACCGGCAGCACCCAGAAAAUCUUCAAAUUCCGAAGCUCCUUUGCCUCCUUACUAUGUAUUUAUCCUGACGAAUGCAAAAACAUUCAAUAUAUUAAAUGGAAAUUAUAACGGCGAACAUAAGAAGUUUGUGCUUCAUUCAUUACGUCUUUUUAAAGAACCCGAAAGCAGCAAGGAUAGUGAACAAACAUAUAAUGAAGAAGUGGAUACAAAAUACGGAGAGCGGUUUGAAAAAAUUUCUCCUGGUUUGAAACGCAAUCAAAGGGGUAUUGAGCAUCGGAAACAUCAGUACCUUAAUCACGGUUAUCAUCUUCAACUUCAUGGUUUAGAUCAGCGAAAAUAUUUUGAGAAAAUGAUUGAACUAUAUAACGAUUUCAAAUUUAAUCAGAAGCUGAGUGAAGUUGCUAAUAUUCUCGGCCUCCCUAAAUCUGGUGUUCCAAUUUCAAAUCAAAAUUGGAAAAUUGCUGAUAUAAAAAGUCAUGAUAGCAUACUAAAAAGUAAGUUAGAUGGCUGUGAUCCUGGCAUAUGCUAUGCACAAGACCAGCGUGGAAAGAAGUUUGUUUAUGAGUAUAGACUCUAUUUAGACCAGAAUUUUAAGAUCGUGGAUGCGCCUGUUGGUUUUAAGGUUGAAUUCCUGCCAUGCGUACUCCAACUGGAAGAUUACGAUUUUGAAAUCGGUAUGAACGAAAAGGCAUGAGUAGCAUUGCUAAGGCUUUGAGGACUGCGCUCGGGUGAAGGUUUGCUAAAUUGUGUUUAUUUCAUGUCAUAUAUGUAAUAUUAUGUACUUGUAUUGCUGUAAGAUUUGGGUGAAGGUUUGCUAAAUUGUGUUUAUUUCAUGUCAUAUAUGUAAUAUUAUGUAAUUUUAUUGCUGUAAGAUUUUGGUGAAGGUUUGCUAAAUUGUUUUUAUUUCAUGUCAUAUAUGUAAUAUUAUGUACUUGUAUUGCUGUAAGAUUUUGGUGAAGGUUUUCUAAAGGCUAACAGUGCCAGAGCCUAAACUUAGUUAAUGAGCAUUCUUUUAAGCUAAUGGCAAUGUCA